AUGAAGAUGGAUGAGGAGCCGGCGAAAGGGACCCAAACCCAGCUUCGCCUCUCAGCCAAAACUGACCACCGCAAGUGCAAGAUGUGCGGUUGCUUCGAUGAUGACCUGGACCCUCUCGCAGAUUCCCUCGGCUUGAAGGAAAUCGUGUUCUGGGGGUGCCCUCCGGGGCCAGAUGGGAAGACUCGAGCUUGCUUCUGCGGGUACUGCGUCAAGGUAUGGGUGGCGCGCUACAAAUUGAUCAGGCGCAUCUCGCUGUCGCAGCUCGUGACUGAAUUCGGCGCCGAUCAGAAGGGCCUCGAUCAGUUCAUUGGCAUGAGGAAGGUCCUCGUCGCCCACGUCGUCAAGGUUGGCAGCCGGGACGGCCAGCAGCCGUGGCAGGAAUUCGAUAAGGAGUUGUCCCGCGAGGUCGUCCAUUCAAUGACUUUGCAGAACCCCGCGGACUUGUUCUACGAGGACGUGGAGUACGAGGAAGAGUUUGGCGACUGGAGAACCAAUGGCCUGGGCCACAAGCCUUCAGUCAUGAAUGGCAUAUCAGGCGUUGCCGCCCCCAGCAAAAAGAUUUGGAAUCUUAAGAGGGCCACUGCCGAAAUUGUUAAGGAAACCCAGAAGCUGCACUCCACUUCAAGCGGUUCGGCCCAGUUAACCGACAAUGACCUUGCAGAGAGGAUGGCGGCCAUGAGGAACACCAUCUUCGGCAGCGUUACUGCGGGCAGCGGCGCGACGAUCGACGAGAUUUUGGGGCGCCGCAAGAAGGAAGAACACCGAGCUGCGUGCGAACUGGCUCAGAAAGCUCUGCAGGGGGCGGCUGGCGAGGCUGGCCGCUCGAAGGUAUCGGGGCAGGGGGGUGCCAAGUGCGACUCGGAGAUUGACCCCGACGGUUUAUUCGGCUGCAGCGCUGGCGCUUUCUCGCACAAGGACAAAGUGACGGAGGCGCCCAUGGGGGGCCAGAGGCAGGGCGCCGCCGGCGGCCAGAGGCAGGGCGCCACUGGCGGCCAGAGGCAGGGCGCCGCUGGCGGCCAGAAGCAGGGCGCCGCUGGCGGCCAGAGGCAGCAGGCAUCACAGUCUGCUCCAGCCGGUGGCGGCGCACAACCCAAGACGACCACCCAGGCAGGCGCUGACGUGCCCGCCACUGCCACCAGGAGGAAGACUGCGAAAUCAACUGGCGGGGGGGGCGCGGACGAGGGCACGAGUGCGGCCGAAGAGAAGAAACGAGGCCGCCCCAAGAUUGAUUACGCCACGGAGGCCCAGGACAUGAUCAGCGAGUUCAUCAAAGCACCAGUGGAUUCGUCAUGCUGGUUUGGCGCGGACUGGCCUCCUAACAGGAAGACGGUGCAGCAGCUCCUCAAGAACGUCAAGUUGAGGCUGGCAGGCAUGGAGGAUUCGGAUGCGGAGUGCCCCCCUCAUCGCGAUUGCCAGAAGGCGCUCCAGGCCAUGAUUGAAGCCCUUAACGUCUACCACCUCAAGGGCUCGAAGAGCACUGAGUGGCUGGACACCUUGGAAUCCCAGAUCCAGUUCUGCGAGAUGCCCCCUGAGGUCGUACCUCCGUUUCCCCAACACUGGUACAAGGCCCGCGCAGAAAUGAAGAUUGCGCGCGCGACGAGCUUCCCCAAGUUCUGGGCGAUGCUGAACGACCGAUGCUUGAAGGACGUCCACUCGCCUGCCGCUGUGAUUGAGCAGUGCUUGACCGAGAAGAUCUUGGAGUCGAGCCAGCCCUCUGCGGAUGCGAAUGCAUUGUCCGAUCUCCUCGAAGCGUGCCCUAGCAGCGCCCCUGAGUACAAGAGCACUCUCCCCUUUGUCCCCGAUGACAUUCACCAACAGGUACUCUGCGCGAUCAAGGUCGCGUUCCCUAGGGAUUUCGACGAUGGUGAAGUCGCCAAGGCCAUUGAGACUGUCACGGACGAUAAGUUUCCCGUGGCGAAUGCCAUCACCUUCCACGUAGGCGGCAGGAAGAUCCGCGACGAGUGCCAGCACUAUUUGGACACCGCACACAGAGUGAGGGAGCUCGGACUCGCUAUCACCACGUUCGGCGGGCACGUCAGGGAUGCCCUCGGGACCUUCUCCACGGCGAUGGACAAGGCGGCCACGCGCGAUACGGACUACGGGGCGCUGGCUGUCCAGUGCUGCAGUCGUCUGGAUCGGCUGAUUGCCGAGUGGGACCCCGAGCUUCAGGUUCCGGGCACCACCGGCGAUAUGUUCUUCCGAGCUUUCGAGCACUGCCCCCACUUCGGCGACGUCUUGGAGAUUCUGUUUGGGUUGGGAUCCAGGGCCUCCAAUGACAUAGUGAAGUGGUGCAUGGGCGGUGACCUCGCGAUGUUCUCCGAGGAAAUUGUGACGGAAAGGGCGAAGGAGAGGGUGCCCACUGCGGCUUUCAGAGGCGUGACCCAGCUUGUCGUGGGCAUCUCGCACCUGUUCAUCAAGUUCAAGACGCUCAUCGACAGCUACGAAUCCUGGAGACAGGGGAAGAUGGGCGAGGUCCAGGAUGCAAUCGAGGCGGAUAAGAAGUUGAUAGUGAACGACUCGGUCGAAGUCGUCGGGCAUCCCACGGCCGAUGAGACGCUGCUCGCCGAAGUGUCAGCCAUCAACGCUUUGCAGUUGACCGAAGGCUUGAAUACUCACGUCGCCAUUCACGGGAUCCUCGAACGCGGCACGGAGGUUUUGCUUGCCGGCAAGCUGGAGACCGCCAACCACUGCAUCCUGAAUGCGUCUCUGGAUACGUUGACCAUGCCCGAGGAGUCGAGCGUGCAGAUCGGGACCAAGGAGUGGGGUAUCUUCUGGAUGACCUUCGGGGCGUCUCCUUUCGUCAAGGAUGUUUUGAAGGGCCUCCGGGCUCUGCGCCUGUCAAUGUUGAACCUGAAGAGCUUCGACGUCCUGGAUCCCGUCUUCAGGCCCGAGAGGCUUGACGACGAGUGGUGCCAGAGGGUUUUGGCCAUUCAAUCGGGCAGCAUCGAUUUCGUUGGAAACCUCCAGUGGGCAGAUACUUUCGGUAUGAAGACGUUCUCAUGCCAGCUGACCUUGUCGUCGCUCCUGCCGCGCGCCAUCACCGCCGCCGCCAGCGCCGCGAAGUUCCAUCGCGAGGCGGAGUCGCACACGGAGUUGGUCAUCAGCCCGAAGUCCAAGGCAACGGAGUUCGUGAAGGAGCUGCGGUCUGUGCGAGCGACGCUGUCUGCUCGCGCCGUUCGCCCGGAGAGCGACCUGGCCAGAAGGUUCAUCCUCUUCGAGGACUUCGGCCUCGUCGAUUGCUGUUCGAAGUCCCCGGCGGGGGUUGUAUCGGCGGCCAUCAGCCAGAUCGACUACGCGAUCGCGCUGUGCACGAAUUCGCUCGAGGAGGAGCUCAAGCAGAUCGCGGGGCACAUCUCCAAAGUUCUGCCCUCGUGUGACUGGGGGUCGAAGUACGACUCGUUGCUCAAGCGGGAGCGCCCCAUCCUCCCCCCAACUGAGAACCAGCAGACGCUCGAGGCCAUCCUUGGCGAUUCCAACUUCGGGAUGUUGAGCAAUCUCGCAUCGCUCCUCACCGAGCGGCUGCAGGGCGCGAAGGCCGUGCUCGAGGACGGCCACGGCGACUUCGCCAAUGAGCAGAUCCUGAAGGACACAUUGUCGGUGCGCGACAAGUGCACCAAGUGCGCGUCCUUGGUGCACGCCUUGUUCACGCUGAUCAAGGUCAUCAUGCCCGAGAAGGACGCGCAGAAGCGCCGCAGCCACAUCGAGGAUUGGGCUGGCCAGUCGACGACCCGACAGGAGCUCAAGCAGAGCAUGAAGGGCCGCAAGCAGAAGACCCCCGACGAUGUGGGCACGGCGGUCGACCUCUGCUCCCAGGACACCUGGAAGGCCCAGGGCACUGGCGGCCCCGCCAGCGGCGCUCCGAGUGGCGCCACCGCCGGCAACGUGGCGACCAAGGCCGAGGCCGCGCAGCCAGAGGAGGCAGCCCCGCCGCCGCAGAAGAAGGCGGCCGCGGGCGCGCGCCCGGCGAAGCGCCAGAGGAGGCUGAAGUGA